UAUAAUAUUUAUAUCCCCUUGUAUUAAUUAAUUACUGGCAUAAGUUUAAUAAGCUCAAUAAAUACCAAUGUAGUUCUUCGUAUUGAUCACUAACUCUCACCCUCUCCUCUCAGGUAAUAUUCGUAAGCAAAAGAGAUGGCCCAAAAGGUGGAAGCACAAGGAGGUAAUGGAGGCAACCAAUGGGAUGAUGGAUCAGAACACGAUGCUGUAACCAAGAUUCAGACAGCUGCAGGUGGGAGCGGUAUCCAAUAUGUUCAGUUCGACUAUGUCAAGAACGGACAAACCGAAACAGCCCCUCUUCGCGGUAUCAAGGGCCGUGCCAUCGCAGCUGAUCCGUUUGUGAUUAACCAUCCAGAGGAGCAUCUAGUUUCAGUAGAAGGUUGGUAUGACUCUUCUGGUAUCAUUCAAGGGAUUAAGUUCAACUCCAACAAGAAGUCUUCUGAUGUUAUUGGAUACAAUGAUGGUACUCCAUUUACCCUCCAAGUUCAAGACAAGAAGAUUAUUGGCUUUCAUGGAUUCGCUGGAGACAAUCUUAAUUCUCUUGGAGCUUACUUUGCUCCAUUAAUAGCCGCCCCUCCUUCAGUUCCCCCGAAGAAGCUUGAAGCUAAGGGUGGUAUGUCUGGAGCUGAGUGGGACGAUGGUGCUCACGACAAUGUUAAAAAGGUAUCUGUAGGACAGGGCGAAGAUGGUGUAGCAGCUGUCAAGUUUGAAUACACAAAUGGUUCUCAAGUGGUGAUUGGAGCUGAACGUGGGACACCAACAUUGCUUGGAUACGAAGAGUUUGAGCUUGAAUCAGAUGAAUACAUAACCAUCGUGGAAGGCACCUACGACAAAAUCUUAGGGAGUGAUGGCCUGACGAUGCUUACUUUCAAGACUAACAAGAACAGAACAUAUGGGCCGUAUGGCCUCGAAGGUAGCACACACUUUGACCUCAAGGAGGAAGGUUACAAGAUUACAGGGUUCCAUGGACGAGCUGGCGCGACUAUUAGUGCUAUUGGAGUUUACUUAGCUCCAGUAGGCACCAUCCCCUUGACUCCUGCACAACCAACCAAGAAGCUAGAAGCUAAGGGUGGUGAGGGAGGAACAUCAUGGGAUGAUGGUGCUUUCGACGGUGUACGAAAAGUGUCUGUAGGACAAGCCCAAGAUGGUAUAUCAGCGGUUAAGUUUGUGUACAACAAAGGUUCUUCUGAAAUCAUAGGAGAUGAACAUGGAAAGAGUACUCUACUUGGAUUCGAAGAGUUUGAGCUUGACUAUCCAAAUGAAUACAUCACGGAAGUAAAUGGCACAUUCGAUAGAAUCUUUGGGAGUGACUCCGCGGUACUUACCAUGCUUACGUUCAAGACUAAUAAGCCAGCAACAUAUGGUCCCUUUGGGCUUACCGCUGGCGAGGCCUUCGAUCUCAAGGAGGAAGGCCACAAGAUCGUUGGGUUUCAUGGAAGUACUGGUGAUCUGCUUCAUAAAUUUGGAGUCCACGUCCUUCCCAUCACCAACUGAUAUUGGAUAUCUUGAAUUUGUCACGCUUUUGUUUUCUUCCUCUCUUAAUGGUCUUUGAACUUUUGAAUAAGCUUUUUCCACGUUUUACUAGCCGCUGCUAUUUGUUUCAAGGUUUUCUUCUUAUGUUGUUGUUCUGUCUAAGCUGGAUUCGUGAUCCGUCUUAAUGAAUAAAUUUUAUUUGGAGUU